CACUUCUCACAAUGAGAGCUGAGUUGUCAUUUUUUGCUAAAUGAAAAAAAUAGUUAAGUUCCGAGGAAAAGAAUACGACUAAUUAAACAAAUCAAAUUGUUAAAGGACGGUGAUAAGUGCAGAAACGAGUGUAUAUGGUUAUUGUGAAGACAGUGAUAAAGUACAGCGUUAAUCGUCGGUCAUAAAAGGGAGGAGACGACACAAGGCAAGGCAACCGAAGUUUUCUCGAACUUUGAAACCUAAUUUGUAAAAUUACAAGGAUUUCCUCCGUAUAAAAUUACUAAGUGAAGAAAACGUUUUUGAGACUCUCCAAAAGUUCUAUGUUUAAUUAAAAAAUAAACGAAAAUGUCGUCAUAUGCCAAUUCAAAUUAUGGACCACCACAAAAUAUGGGACAAUAUAAUGCUGUUAACGGCAUGCCACCUCUGGGAUCAACCCAAAUUCCACAGCAACCGCAACAGCAGCAACAACAAAUGUCACAACCGAUGCAGCAAAAACAGCAACAAUUUCCUGGAAUGCCCGUUCCACCGGCUACCUUAAACACCAAUUUGAGUAAAUUUAUGCCACCUUCGAUGACAGCAAGUGGGACUCCAGGAAACUUUGCACCUUCACCAAACACCAACGGCCCGCAAAGAAUGCCUUCGAGUCAACCCCCAAUAGCCAGUAAUUUACCACCCCAUAUGAGACCACCAGGCGCAAUGAAUGGACCGACCCAUGGGUCAAAUUCAAUUUCAAAUGGUGGUGGCGCCGGUGUCAAUGCAACUGCAAGUGCUAAUUCUUCAAGGACAGCUUCCCCUUCCAUUCAAUUAACACAACAGCAGCACCAAUACGUUCCAACGUCAUCCUCAAAUUCGGGAAGCAUACCACCGGCGUCACAUCCUCCAAUCGCCCCAGCUUCUACGCCCGGCAUGAAUCAAUUGAAUAGCAGUAUGCAAAACUUAAAUAUGAACCGAAUUAACGGCACAGCUCUGCCACCUACUACUGUGUCAGCAUCUCAAUCAAUGCCAAUGGCUGGAAAAGAUGUGUCUACAGUUUCUGUACCAAAUGCACAGGCCCAACCAGUAAUGAAUAAUUUCCCGGCAAACUUUAAAACAUCUGCUUUAAAUACACAGCAUGUCGGGAUGGGUUCGCCAAAUCCAAGUCAAAACACCACUGCUAACCUUAGCAAUCGUCCUCCCCAACCGCAACAGCCAUUGGGCCAACCACUCCGACCUCCAAUUAGCACUUAUAACACUUCCUCAUCAACACCAAUGACGUAUCAACAGAGUCCAUCGCAAAAUGCCAAUUAUCCCAAUAGCAAUGUUGGUGGUCCACCUAUUAGUGGAUCGAUUCCCCGACCUCCAACAAAUAGUGGCAAUGUACUACAAAAUCAGCUAAACAAUAAUCAGCCAACACCACAUAUACAAGCUAACGCAUCACAGCAACCGAUGGGACAACGAAAACCUAUGUAUCCAAAUCAACAACUGCCUCCCCCAAUGCAGCAGCAACAACAGUCACAACAAUUUCAGCAGCAGCCACAGCAAGCUUAUUCUGCAGCUUACAAUUAUUCUCAGCAACAAAUGACUGGCCCCCCUCAGCCCACAGGCAUGUUUAAUGGUCAGCCCAAUAGUGGCCCUUUGCAAUAUCAAAAUCAGAAUCAGGCGUAUCAGCAACAACAGCAAACUCCUCAAUAUCCUGCGGGUAGUGUUGUACACCAGGGCUUUAACCGUUUGUGGGGACAAGAUACAAUUGAUUUAAUGCAAAAUCGUCACAUUUUGUCACCCGCUACAUUGGCACCACCUAAAAUAGUUCUGCAUAAUCAGUUCCAUGAAUCCAUAAACUGUAAUCCCAAUAUAAUGCGUUGUACAUUAGCCAAGAUUCCAGAAAGCAAUUCAUUAUUGCAAAAAUCUCGGCUACCACUUGGAAUUGUAAUUCAUCCAUUCCGUGAUAUAAAUAGCCUACCAGUAAUCCAGUGUCCGAAUAUAGUUCGUUGUCGUUUGUGCAGAACAUAUAUAAAUCCGUUUGUUUAUUUUGUCGACAGUAAAAUGUGGAAAUGCAAUCUGUGCUAUAGAGUUAAUGAGCUACCCGAAGAUUUUCAAUUUGAUCCCGCUACGAAAACCUAUGGCGAUGUUACUCGUCGCCCGGAAGUUCGUUCAAGUACAAUCGAGUUUAUAGCUCCUUCGGAAUAUAUGUUGCGACCCCCACAACCAGCAAUAUACCUAUUCCUUUUCGACGUUUCCAUAAUUGCUCAACAAUGUGGUUAUUUGGAGAAUGUGUGUGCGUUGUUAACGAAACAUUUGGAUGAUAUGCCUGGCGAUGCUCGUACCCAAGUUGGUUUUAUUGCGUACAACAGCAACGUUCACUUUUAUAGUAUGGCAGAGGGCUACAAUCAACCCCAUGAAAUGACAUUAUUAGAUAUUGAUGAUCCAUUUUUGCCACGGCCUGAUAAUUUAUUGGUCAAUCUAAAGGAAUGUAAAGAACUUGUGAAGGAUUUGCUAAAUCAGUUGCCAACUCGUUUUGCAGACACACAUGAUCCUGGAUCAGCAUUGGGCGCUGCUUUACAAGUAGCCUUCAAACUAAUGCAAGCUUCGGGUGGUCGUAUAACCGUUUUCCAAACGUGCCUUCCUAAUAAAGGGCCUGGUGCAUUAGAGCCUCGCGAAGAUCCCAACAACCGUUCGGCGAAGGAUGUCGCCCAUUUAAAUCCAGCCACAGAUUUUUACAAACGAUAUGCUUUGGAAUGCUCCGGCUAUCAAAUUGCUUGUGAUUUAUUCCUUCUAAAUCAACAAUAUAGUGACAUAGCUACAAUAUCUGGCAUUAGCAAACAUAGCGGUGGUUGUGUUCAUCAUUUUCCGCUGUAUCAAAAGACCAAGGCACAUUUGGUGGAUUCGUUGAAACAUUGCUUUAAGCGUUAUUUGGUGCGCAAGAUUGGCUUUGAAGCUGUAAUGCGUAUACGAUGUACUAGGGGUCUUCAGGUACACACAUUCCAUGGCAAUUUCUUUGUACGCUCUACAGACUUACUGUCGUUGCCCAAUGUUAAUCCAGAUGCUGGAUAUGGUAUGCAGAUUUCGUACGAGGAAAGUUUAACGGACGUCAAAACCAUAUGCUUCCAAGCGGCUUUGCUUUAUACGAACAGCGAAGGAGAACGUCGCAUUCGAGUUCAUACAAUGUGUCUGCCAGUUACAGCUUCAUUGCCCGAAGUAAUGCAUGCCGCUGACACCGAAGCGAUUAUAGGAUUGCUAUCCAAAAUGGCUGUUGAUCGGUCCAUAACUUCUAAUAUAGCGGACGCCCGGGAAGCAUUCAUUAAUGCAACAGUUGAUAUAUUGAAUGCAUUUAAAAUUGCACAAAAUUUGCCGUCUGGACAGUCGGGCCAACUAAUUGCUCCACGCAGUUUGGCUCUGUUGCCUUUGUACAUUUCGGCCUUAUUGAAACAUCCUGCCUUCCGCGUUGGUACCAGCACGCGCCUUGACGAUCGUGUGUAUGCCAUGGACUGUAUGAAAUCAUUACCAUUAGAUCAAUUGAUGAAAUUCAUUUAUCCUGAAUUUUACAACAUCGAUAUAUUAUUUUACCAUAACCAAAAUGCAAACACCAAUGCCGCCGGUGAUGCAGAUGAGGAAGAUGACGAUUUGCCUGAGGUACAACGUUUACAGUUAUCGGCGGAACACUUGGAUUCGCGCUCAAUAUUCUUAAUGGAUUGUGGUACAUUGAUAAUAAUAUAUGUUGGUCUAAAUGUACCAGUUAAUAUCUUGGAAAGCGUAUUUGGUAUAAAAACAACCGCUGAAUUGCCAGAUUAUUACUAUGGUCUGCCAAGUGUAAAUAGUACAGAAAAUGAUGCACUCAAACGUUUCAUAAUGAAAUUAAAUGAUGAAAAACCCUAUCCCCCCAUUGUACAGAUCAUAAGGGAUACAAGUACGGCCAAACCACAACUAAUUGAAAAGUUAGUCGACGAUAGAAGUGAAUCUAGUUUAUCAUACUAUGAAUUCUUGCAACACAUACGGACUCAGGUUAAAUAGUAAUUUAAUAAUCGAUGAUAAGUUCAAAUUAUAAAGAAAAUAUUGAUGAUAAAUCAUAAAAUAUUCAACAUAAAGUCGGGUUAAUAUAAUUUUUAUCGUGCGAUCUAUGCUUCGUGAUUUAUAUAAGAGAAGAAAGUUUGGCCAAUAUGUAUUGUUAUCAUUACAUCGAUAACUACCCAAUUGGUAUAACAUACACAUAUAGAAAUUGCAUUGAGAUUACCAAGCUAGGUAGUUGGUCAGUUGUAGCUACGACUACCUAUGAACUUUUGCAUGUUAAUUUAUAUUCAUUUCUUGAAUAUAUUAGAUUUAUUAACUAAAGAGCUAGACCCGUAAUAUAUGACAAUAGAAAAAUGGUGUCAUCGUUAUGCGGUACUUCAGUAAAGAAUUUGUGCAAUUUUUAUGUAUAACUUCUCUCGUAGUUAACAUUAAAAUUAGUGCCCUAGCUUGGGUGCAAAAUAUUUAAGAAUUUUAAAACAAAACCAAGCGUAAGAAAGAAUCGUCGUAGGAAUUUAUUAUUUAAUUAUAACGAACGUUUUAUAUGUAGUUUAACGUAGCAAAAACCGUAUGUGGGGGGUGCUCUAAAAAUUAAUUGUAAUCGUAACGUAUUUCUUUACAAGCAUAAUGGCGAAUUAAAAAAGAAGUUUGGAAUUAACCUUUUAUCGCCUAAAUCCUAUUUAGGUCCUGUCCCACUCAUAAAAUUGUUAUUAUAUUAUUUGUUAUUAUUUCUGCAUUCUACAAGUAAAUAUCAAAAAAUAAACAAUAAUUCUAGUUUUGAUUAUUUAGUCGUUUAGUAUACGUUCUCAUGUCAAUGCUUACAUUUAAUGGUUUACGCUUUCCUCGGUUGCAUUUCGUUUGCUAAAGAUUUUUAAUUUAUUAUUUAUAAACUGUUUCUAAACUUUUUUUUCCGAAAUAA